CCGGCUAUCCUUACAAACUAGGCACGUCUAUAAUAUAAAUCUGAUCCAUUUACAAAUUAAUCCCCAAGAUAAAUUCGCGCCAAAAGAGCCCAUAAGUCUAUCUGGCAUAGCUUGCUUCCCGUUACUUCAGCCAAGUGGUGGAAGCGUCUUUGCCUCCAAGAUGGAGGGGAAAGAAAACAUUCAGUCCGUAGAUGAACGCGCGCGCCGAACGCACGCGGCCGAAGCGCGGCAAACGAUGUCUAUGACUUAAAAAAAAACUAAAAGGACCACAGAUGAAGUUGUAUUCAGCCAGUAACAUAAGUGCGUUCAUGUGGAACCAAGGGAUUCUGUAAUAACUUUUAACGCGACCUCGCAAUGUGGCGCGCCGUGCAGGUCGUGCACGUUCUUCUCGCGCUGACGGUGACGUGCGCGCGCGCACAGAAUCGCGUCGUGGACGUCAGCACAAAUUGCGACCGCGGCUCGUUCACCGUGUCGCUGGAAAUGGCGCAGCCGUUCAAAGGGUUACUUUUUAGCAAGGACUUCUCGAGGGAAUGUAGGGUGCAAGGCAACCAUAAAACGAAGGUGUCUCUGCAUCUACCGACGAACGCAUGCGGCGUGAGGAGCUCCACCCUGAACACGACCAGCGACGACCAGCUAUACUAUACUGUGGAGCUGGUCGUGCAGAUGGACCGCAUGUUACAGCAGUCCACAGACCAGGAGCUCGUAGUCAGGUGUAAACUCCAACCGCGUGCGGUUCGUAUCAACAGUUCAGCUCUCGAGGGAGUCAUCAACUCUAAACUACAAGAAAUGAUCGGGCAGGAAGCUAAAAAGACGAGAACCGGCCGCAACCGCCAAGGCUGGGUGAAUCCCGCUGAGAUGGAGCAGCGUGAAUGGCUGCUGGAAUCAGCUCGGGCGUGGAUGGAGCUGGUCCCAGCUUCGCCCAGCAGCGAGCCCGCCACAGUCGAGGUGGGGCAGCCAACGAAGCUGCUGAUUCAGUGCACGCUGCCUGUUGGAGUUGGUCUCCGCAUAACCAACUGCGUAGCUCACGACGGCCUCGGGGAAGCCUCGCAGAAACUUCUCGACGAGGCUGGCUGCCCCAUCGACGAGUCCAUCUUCUCGACCCCCUUCAUCCAUCGCCACAAGAAAGGGACGGAGAUAGACUUCGCAGAUCUCGAACCGGUGGACCCGCAGCGAAACCUGGACGAAAACUUCAACCUCAAACAAGCCAAAACCGACCCAGAGCUGAUGUUUAAAAACAUAAUGACGUACCAAAACGCCAUCACCACAUUCGCCGCCUUCAAGUUCCCUGAUCGAGCGAAACUACAUCUAACAUGCGGCAUAGAAUUAUGUAAAGGAAAAUGUCCACUGGUGGACUGUAAAGCUUUGCAAAGGCCUCAACAGACGAGGGAGGGGUUACUGAGAAAGGCGAGAUUAGACAAAGACGCUAAAGGGGUGGUCAUUGAUAGAUUGGAGGUGUAUAACAGUAUUGAGGUGCUGGCGCCUAAUAUCGAGUUGGAGGAUGAGGCUUCUAUAAGAGGCUCACGAAGAAUCGAAAGCGAAGAGGACGAGCUCAUCCGAGGCUUCUCACCGGGCGACAAGACCAUCUGCCUCUCGCCCGGCAAAAUGGCUCUUGCCUUCUGCGUCUUAGGGGUCAUAUUCCUGUGCGCGAUCGCCGUAGCUUUCGUCUCGCUAAUCAAAGCGAGAAGGCGUCUAGGCAGGGAGCCGCUGCAUACAUCCCUCUCUUUCUACACGGGUAGUAAGAGCAUGUUCUCGUCUAGUGAGAGCUCCAGUUCUGGAUUGAGUGGCAGCAAGUUAUUGCUCACUGAUAGCCCGUAUUUAGAUCAUCAUUCGUCUUCAAGCAAUAAUUGGCCAUAUUCUAGAGCGUUUUGAGGUUUCUUUAUGGGGCUUUAAUUUAUCCAGUUGACAAUAGAAUGUGAAGGCAAAAUUUAAAUUAGGUAAGUACAUAACGAAAGAUUGUGUAACGUGUGAAAAUGAUUUGGACUUUGGUAUAACCAUAACCAGUAAAAGAUAAAGAUUGUUUAUUAUUCAAGUAGGCAAAUUACAAUGCGCUUAAUAUGAACGUCAAAAAAAGCUACGCUGGCUCUAACCCUACACCUUUUUAAAUCCUCCCUCAAUGAGGGCUAUCGUUUUUUUGCUCACCAGUUGGCGCCUCUGUUGAUGGUGGUCCAAAAGACUAUAGAACAGCUGUCAGUCAUUGAAGUGACAAGUGACAUUUGACAUUUCGAACUAUGGAAAAGACCACCAUCUACACUAGCGCCCCUAGCGGCGAAUUCAUACGCGUUAGCCCUCAUUGGAGGAGGGUAUCCCAAUAUGGGACCGGAUAUGGGAAAAUAAAGACUGUCAAUAGGGACAUUUACAACAUUAAUAAACGGGAGUGAGAUGCGUAAAUGCAUUUACCCCUGCGUCAAAAAAAUAACCUAGUAAAAGAUAAGUCAGAUCUCGAAUAGGUAUCUUCUUAUGCCUUGAAAGAUGUCCUAUCUGUAAAUUUUAGUUUUCCAAAGACUUAUUUCUCACUUGUCACGAUCCUAUUUUGAAAAAAAUAAUGGUUAGCUGAAAUAAAGUUGUAGAAGACAAUACAUACAUAUAAUUUAUAAACGACAACGAUGAAUGUACUUUUCUUUAUUUAGUGCUCAUUGACUUAUAUAUUACAACGCAAAGACAAGCCUUACGAACACUACAAAAUGGGCCAAUUCGUUGGUAGGUUGGUACGCAAAUGGCGAUUGUGCACAUUUUCGUUGGUAUGCAUAUUCGCUCGGCAUUAUAUGUAUGAAAAGGCCCUAUCCUUACUUUUGAAAUCUGUGUUGGUGCUAUCGUAACUAUAUUUUAUAAGAAAAAAACUAAAGCCAAUACAAUGUCGACAAAUUUCAAACUCGAACUGUAAGACUUUCUCCUAUUACCUCCAAUGGUUUUUAAUAUUAUUUUGGUACUUCCUAUUUUUAUAUAUUAUUAGUGAGUAAGCUAUGAACAUGUAAUUUGAGGAGGUGCUUUUGAAAACGACUUGUUGUAAGCCUUGAAACAAUGUCUUGACAUUUCAAGCAUACAUUUUGUAGGUUUUUAUUACGGUUGGUUGUGGGAUUUAGUUUAAUAUAAAAGUCAUUAGCACUUCCUCGAGGUUAAAUCGAAAUACAUAAUAGAUUAAGCAAUAAUUAGUACCUACCUACAUAUAAUUAUAACUACAAUAGUUGUCUAGACAAGUAAAUUGGUACUUAUUUAUUUUAUUUGUGAUAUAUUCUUAUUAAAGACGAUGGAUGAUUUU